AUGGACUGGCAAAGCUGGGGUGACGGAGUUCACAAACCACUUCUACCUUGUGGAACUGGAGCGCAAAAGCAGACCAGUGUCGCCCAUGCCGUUGCGAUGGACAACAAGCCACUUCCGUUGCUCCCCAUCUUACCACCAGCCUACAGAGCGCCACAGCCACGGCACGAGGACGAUGUUGUCAUCCAGGGGCGGCAAAAGUGGGCCAUGGCCAGAUCAGGCGGUGAGUUCCUGCGGCCUGAGCUUCAGGCAUCCUUUCCACCAUUCACCGAGCACCUGAGACCACAGGUGCUGCAGGCAUCACAGGCACUAAGCUCUCCUAGGUUCGGACACGGGCCGAAACGUUUUCCGGAGCCUUGCAACCCAGAACGGGCAUGGGCAUUAAACGAAACCGAGAUCGAUCCUGUUUCUGGCCUCGAAAUGCACGAGAUCCCGCUGAAUCAGCCUGGGUGGAAGCACGGGACGAUGCAGAGCCAAGCAGAGAUGGAGAUGGCAGCUCCAACAGCUCCCGAGUUCUUGGAAGAGUUUGGCACCAGAGCAGAACACUUCCAGGACCCUUUGCCGUCACAAGAUGCCACGUCUGUACCCAGGUGGUUGGAACGUGGGAGACCAAUGCCUGCAGCCCAACCACGGCUGCAUGAUCAGAUCCUACGUUCCGUGGUUUCCGACUUGGACAAGUUUGAGAUGGCACAUCCAGAAGUGCAGGCUUUGGAAUCUCCAAGGAGUGACGCUGAACUUGUCGCGGUAGGAUGA